AUGAGUUGCUUCUAUCGGCGGGUUCGCUCACUCUUCCAGGGCAAAGCCCACCCCGGUCCCACCACUACGGUUCUGGUGGUUGGUGCAGGCUCAACGGGACUAGCACUGGCUCAGGGCCUCAAAAAGGCUGGUAUACCGUGCAUUGUCGUCGAGAAGAAUGAAUCUCUGGAUGCGCAACCCCGCGACUGGAACAUGGGCCUACACUGGGGCGCGGAGCCUCUCAAGGCCCUGAUUCCAGAGGAAAUGUGGGCACAGAUUCAAACCGUCCAGGUCGAUCCCUCGACCCCAACCGCAGAGCAUGAUUCCCUCCAAUUCCUUAACGGUCAAACUGGCGAGCUCAUGACAGCUGUGCCCGCAAAUGACUUUUACCGUCUGCGGCGCCGAAAGCUCCGCGGGCUCCUCAUGCAAGACUUGGAUAUCCGCUGGGGGGUUCAACUGGAGCGGAUCGAGUACUCGAGCGAUGGUAAAUAUGCCACGGCGCAUUUCGAGAACGGCCCUUCGAUCACGGCGAACCUGAUCGUGGGGACAGAUGGGGCGCGUUCAACGACGAGACAGCUUCUCCUUGGGGCCAACGGGGACAUUCGCACAUUGCCAUACUGUGCAAGCUUUGUACAGGCGCGAUUUACCGCCGAACAGGCGCAAUUCCUGAGAAAGUUUCACCCCCUGUAUCUGGCUUCCAUCAACCCGGCCGGGUACUUCUCCUUCUUCGGGAUGCAUAACGCGGAGCAGCCGGACCGUCCGGAGACAUGGACCUUCUUCUUCUACAUCUCGUGGUAUUCCCCGCGGGAGGAACAGGAACAGACAGCCAACUGGACGAACGCCCAGCGACUGAAACAGGUCAAGGAGUUUGCAACAGCAUAUACCGAGCCCUGGAAGAGCGCAUUUGAAUGGCUGAGCGAUGACCACGAGGUCUGGUACAUGAGCUUGACGGACUUCGACCCAGGAGCGAAGGGCCACCGCUGGGAUAACCACGACGGUCGGGUCACGCUGGCCGGAGAUGCGGCGCAUGCGAUGACCUACCAGCGCGGCCAGGGCCUCAACCACUCUGUCACAGAUGCAGCGGUACUCGCAGAAGCAGUCCGGAAAUUCGUCCGGGGGACUUCCACCCAGGCUGCGGCGAUUAUGGCGUACGAAGAGGAGAUGAUUCCUCGAGCGGGCGGGGAGGUCAGAAUGUCAACCACCAAUACGGAGAUGGUGCAUCACUGGGAUGAGGUUCUGCAGUCGCCAAUUAUGAAAUCAGGCAUGACGCGGGUUCAGGAUAUCAAACUUGAUGGUAUCAAUGGGCACAACCAGCAUGGAGGCCAACAAGCCGUAAAGGGCUAA